AUGCUUGUUUCGUCUUUCUUCUUGGCCCUAGGCGCAAGCGCCAUCGCUCACGCACAUAGUAUCCGGGUCGAACGCUCGGAAAACCACCUCAUCAAGGGACUUGCUUCACCAGAUGGGACUUCUUCGUCCUCUAUGGAGCCAGUGUGGCAUGCAAAACAACAAGGCGAUGGACUGGUGAAGUUGGACUUUCGACGAUUGAUCCAGCGUCGAGACGCCAGUUCAGCGGAUACCGGGACCUCAGCAGACGCUAAGAGCACAGCAACCAAAGAUACCUCAGUGUACCACGCUUGGAACAACUGCAUCGGCGACAGAGGCAUCAACUACAGAAGAAAGUUCCGUAUCAUCAGCAACCGGAACCGCAACGUCAACCUCAAGCAUAGCAUCAUCAACAAGCACGACCUCAACUUCCACGGACCCGGGCGCCUCCUGUUACAGCACGACAGUAAAGAGCAGCUCGGUCUGCGAAGUAACAGGUGUCACCACAUUGAGUUGUUAUGCUGCGAAUAUAACCUCGAGCACAUGUUCUCCGGGUUAUCUAUGCACGACUCAGUCAAGCAACGGAAUUACGGUCUGCAUGGAACUUCAGAAUGA